AUGUCCGAAAACAUAUCAUCUGUUCAGUUUAUUAACAACUCUGAUCUAAUAACGGCUUCUUGGGACCAUACUAUUAAACAUUGGGAUGGAGAGAUAGGUGGAAUCAAAACAGAAAUUGUUGGUAACAAAUCRUUUUUCAAUCAUGAUUACUCAGAUUUGAAUGGAUCUGUAAUCACAUGUUCAUCUGAUAGACACAUUAGAUUAUACGAUCUAAGAUCAAAAGAGGGGUCAUUAGUUAAAGGUACAUACUCUUCACACACACAGUGGGUAACUACUGUUAGAUGGUCUAAGUCAGAAGAAUAUCAGUUUGUGUCUGGUGGAUAUGAUAAUCAAAUGAAAUUAUGGGAUACAAGAAGCCCUAAAGUACCAUUAUUUGAAUUGACGGGUCAUGAAGAAAAAGUGAUGUGCAGCGAUUGGUCAAAUCAAAAAUUAAUACUGUCUGGUGGAGCUGAUAAUACUGUUAGAAUAUUCAAAAAUAAAAAUGUAAAAACAAAUUAGCACAUUAAAUUAGAGUUAUUAUAACUAUUUCGCAUA